AUGCCAACCCUCGCAUUGAAACCUGCUCUCCGCACUAUCGACCUCUCCAAAGCGGACGGGCCCAGCGACGCAAAAGUUGUUGUCAUCCCUCUUCCCGCGAAACUGUCGGCAUUAUCUUCGGACGGAGGUAUCCAGCAACGCACCGGCGCAGAAUGGGCGCAGCGUUAUAAUACUUACGUUUUCGACACGGAUUAUAUCGUCAUUGAUCCGCAGGCCAUUUGGGAUCCCCCGUCUGAUAAUAGCCGCUUCUUGAUUACGAAGAUCGUACCGUCCGAAUUUGAUCAGAACCCCACUGUCCUCAGCAUCGGUCCAUUUAACGACGACAACUACGUCGCAAUUCACUGCUCUCACUUGAGACCUGGACAGAAAAACUUCAUUAAUAGUGAUCCUCAUCACAGUUUCGUUUUCGCCCAGGGAUUCUUCGCGUCUACGGAUGGCUUUGAGGUUGCCUCAAAUGAGGGUCACGGUGUUGGAGAUGCGAACAAAAGCCAUGCUUGA